AUGAAGCCCAGAAAAGAAAGCAGGAGAGUGCAAAAAAAGCGAAGGAGCGCGCCGGCAUUGGUGAACCUCGCCGACUUGGAAUGGCAUACUUUAUCCAUUGACGAACUCCUUCGCCGUCUCUCCGUCACUCUUUAUCAAGGCCUCUCUCCAGAUCAAGUCACGCGCCGCCUUAACGAACAUGGCAAGAACAAGAUGACACCACCCCCUUCGGGGGUGUUCGGUAAGAUCAUGGGCUACUUCUUCGGUGGCUUCGGAUCAAUACUCCUUGUUGCUAGUAUACUCGUUUUUAUCGCCUGGAAGCCGCUCGGAAACCCACCUGCAAAGUCCAACCUUGCGCUUGCCAUCGUUCUGGUGGUUGUGUUCUUUUUCCAAGCUGCCUUCAACGCAUGGCAGGACUGGAGUUCAGCUCGCGUUAUGGCUUCUAUCGGAACUAUGUUGCCCGACCAAUGCAUCGUAGUCCGCGACGAAAACCAAGCUAGCAUAUCGGCAACUAGCCUUGUUCCAGGAGAUAUCGUAAUCAUCAAGCAGGGGAACAAGUUGCCUGCCGAUGUUCGCUUUGUCGAGGUGUCCAGCGAUGCUAUGUUUGAUCGUGCGAUCCUCACAGGCGAAUCCGAACCUUGCCCUGCGACGACCGAUGCGACCGAAGACAACUACCUCGAGACGCACAACAUCGGCAUGCAAGGUUCUCACUGUAUUUCCGGAAGCUGCAUUGGUGUCUGCGUCGCUACCGGUGACAACACAAUCUUUGGACGUAUCGCGAAGCUUACAAGCGAGCCGAAGACCGGGUUGACGCCGUUACAGAAGGAGAUCCUGCGAUUCGUGCUCAUCAUUUGUGUCUUCAUUACAGCUGUUGUCAUACUCAUCGUCAUCUUAUGGGCUGCAUGGCUUCGAAAAGACUACCCCAAUUGGAUCGAUGUCCCUCUUCUCAUCGUUGAUUGUGUGUCCUGCGCGGUGGCCUUCAUUCCAGAGGGCUUGCCGAUCGCGCUUACCACUAGUUUGACUAUUGUCGCGAACAUCAUGAGGAAGAACAAAAUUCUUUGCAAGUCGCUCAAGACAGUGGAAACUUUGGGUGCUGUGUCGGUCAUUUGCUCAGACAAGACUGGUACUUUGACCAAGAACUCCAUGCUCGUCACAAACAUCUACACAGGAGGCGAAGAAUACACGCCCGAAGCCGCCCGCGAUCUCAUGGCAGUCCUCCGGUCCGAGAACAACAUCGCAUCACUUACUAAGAAGCGCGAAGACGUUAUGGAGGACCUUCGCUUGCUCUCUGGUCUUUGCAAUGCCGGCGAAUUCGAUGCCGCAACCAUGCACCUGCCCAUCAGCGAGCGAAGAAUCAAUGGUGAUGCGACCGAUCAAACUAUCUUGCGCUUUUCCGAAGGCCUCGGAUCGGUCGCUGAGCUUCGUCAGACUUACAAGAAGGUUUUCGAGAUCGCUUUCAACAGCAAGAACAAGUUUAUGGUGCGUUUGAUCAUGCCAGCAUCUCAGGGUGCGUCCAACAAGCAAUGCACGCUCAUGAUCAAGGGAGCGCCAGACAUCAUCCUCACCCGCUGUAACUCGAUAGUCGGCGACCAUGGCGAGGUUCUUCCACUGACCGAGGUCCAAACCUGGCGCAUCGAGAAAAUCAAGGACGACUGGUCCCGACAAGGAAAGCGACUGCUCGGUAUCAUCGAUCCGCCGCGUGACGAGAUUCCUUCUGUCGUCAACAUCCUCCGCAACGCAUCUAUCCGUAUCUUCAUGGUCACCGGUGAUUUCAAGCUUACUGCUGAAGCAAUCGCUGAAGAGUGCGGUAUCAUCUCUGACUCCUCAUCGAUUGAUAAUCUCACAGCCUUGAGCCGUCAAGAAAAGAACGGGUUCUCCCGCCGCGCUAUCGUGUUGAGCGGUCCUGAACUGAUGACACUCAACGAGAACCAGUGGGACCAGCUGUGCAACUAUGAGGAGAUAGUCUUCGCCAGGACCACACCCGAGCAGAAGCUGCGUAUUGUCAAGGAAUUCCAGUCGCGACAGAACAUUGUUGGCAUGACAGGCGACGGUGUGAACGACGCUCCUUCACUCAAGGCUGCUGACAUCGGUAUUGCGAUGGGUAGCGGUAGCGACAUCGCGAUCGAGGCUGCAGACAUGGUGCUUCUCGACUCUUUCGCCGCUAUCGUUGCGGCCGUCGAAUAUGGCCGUUUGGUGUACGACAACUUGAAGAAGACGAUUUUGUACCUGCUGCCUGCUGGAUCUUUCAGUGAGCUUUGGCCCGUUGUCACAAACGUUGCGUUCGGUAUCCCGCAGAUCCUGUCAUCCUUCCUAAUGCUGGUCUUCAAGAUCGUUAUCUGCUGUUUCACCGAUUGUGUGGCUGCCAUCACCCUCGCCUACGAGAAGCCCGAGUCUGACUUGAUGCUGCGUCCACCCCGUAGCCCCAAGAAAGACCAUCUCGUUGAUGCAAAGCUUAUCUUCCAUGCGUAUUUUGUCGUUGGGCUGCUCGAAUGCUUCUUGUCUUUCACCAUGGCCUUCUGGUACAUGGAGCGCAAGGGCAUCCCUUUUACCGCCAUGUGGCUCAAGUUCGGGAACUACACCGAUCAGUACGACGCGGACUACAUCAUCCAGACAUCGAACGAAGCAUCCAGUAUCUACUUCGUCACGCUAGUAGUCAUGCAGCUGUUCAACCUCCUUGCAACACGCACUCGCCGUCUUAGCAUCUUCCAACAACCCCCCAUCUUCAACAAGAAGACUCAGAAUCUGCUUCUGUUCCCAGCCAUGAUAUUCGCUAUCGUGGUCGUGUUCAUCUUCUGCUACCCUCCCAGCGUGCAGGAGGCGAUCGUUACGACGACUAUUCCAGUCGAGUACUGGUUUUUCCCUGUGGCGUUUGGGAUUGGACUAUUGAUGCUGGAUGAGGCGAGGAAGUGGGCGAUUCGCACGUGGCCGCAUGGUUUGCUUGCUAGGUUUGCUUGGUAG